AUGAUGUCGCCUCUAAGUGACUUGAUGAGUUGCUUGGCCUUUUUUGUCCCCUACCUUGUUAUCACGGCCGGCAGUCCUAAGCUGCAGACAACGCUUUUGCGCGUGGGUAUUUCCGAAAAUGAUAGUCGCGACGGACCGGAUGAGAUUUCUGCUCGAGGCCCUGUGCCUGCGCCGCCCGACGGCAAAGAGAGUGGAGUAAGAUACAAGGCAAUGGCAAGCAGUAUUGGGCUGCCAAGUCCAAAGUACAGAGGAAUCUAUGUGGACGGUGUAUCGACCGGAGGGGGUCCAAGUGGAUUGGGUCCUUGGGUGCUUGGGAUUGAACGUGCGAGUGAGCGUGACGAUGCGAUGGAUGCUGCUGCAGCACGACUGCAGGAGGCUUGA